AUGCAAGUCGUAUUCAUUCUUUCUCUGGUGUUUAUUUGUAGUACAUUGCAUAUUCAAUUAGUAGAUUCAUCAAUUCAAACCAGAGGUCGUAUUAUUAAUAAACCUAUAUGUCUAGUUUUAUCUGAUUGUCAAGUGAAAUGUAAACGAUAUAUAAUUCGAAAUCGAUGUCCAACAUGUGAAUGUAAUCCAUGUGUAUAUGGUCAACCACUUUAUCAAAUAUCUUGUGGUCAAGGAGAUCAAAAAUGUUUAUUAGCAGGUGGUUUAUGUAAAAUUCAUUCAUGGUAUAAUAAACCUUAUUGUUGUCCAAAAGAACAUGAUGGAUAUUGUCCAUCAAUGUCUAAUGAAGAUACAGAUAUAUUAUUUCCUUGUGUUCCACAAUGUUAUUCAGAUAGUGAUUGUAAAGUAGAUGAAAAAUGUUGUGGAACAUGUAUACGAAAAUGUAUGAAGGCUUUUAUUGCUUAA